GGGGACGCGGCGGCGGCCAGCGACGAGGAGCGGAAAGUGGGGCUGGCGCCCGGCGACAUAGAACAAGUCACCUUGGCGCUCGGGGCCGGCGCUGACAAAGACGGGACCCUGCUCCUGGAGGGCAGCGGCCGCGAGGAGAGCCAGCGGAGGACCCCGCAGGGCAUCGGGCUCCUGGCCAAGACCCCCCUGAGCCGCCCGGCCAAGAGGAACAACGCCAAGUACCGGCGCAUCCAAACUUUGAUCUACGACGCCCUCGAGAGACCGCGGGGCUGGGCGCUGCUCUACCACGCGCUCGUGUUCCUGAUCGUUCUGGGCUGCUUGAUCCUGGCCGUUCUGACCACUUUCAAGGAGUACGAGACUGUCUCGGGAGACUGGCUGCUGCUACUGGAGACGUUCGCGAUAUUCAUCUUUGGAGCCGAGUUUGCGUUGAGGAUCUGGGCCGCGGGAUGCUGCUGCCGAUACAAAGGCUGGCGGGGCAGGCUCAAGUUCGCCAGGAAGCCCCUGUGCAUGCUGGACAUCUUCGUGCUGAUCGCCUCCGUGCCAGUGGUUGCUGUGGGGAACCAGGGCAAUGUGCUGGCCACGUCGCUGCGGAGCCUGCGCUUCCUGCAGAUUCUGCGCAUGCUGCGGGUGGACCGGCGUGGCGGCACCUGGAAGCUCCUGGGCUCGGCCAUCUGCGCCCACAGCAAAGAGCUCAUCACCGCCUGGUACAUCGGGUUCCUCACCCUCAUCCUCUCCUCGUUUCUCGUCUACCUGGUGGAGAAGGACGUGCCCGAGGUGGACGCCCAAGGCGAGGAGAUGAAGGAGGAGUUUGAGACCUAUGCUGAUGCCUUGUGGUGGGGCCUGAUCACACUGGCCACCAUUGGCUACGGAGACAAGACGCCCAAAACGUGGGAGGGCCGUCUGAUCGCGGCCACUUUUUCCUUAAUUGGCGUGUCCUUCUUUGCCCUGCCAGCGGGCAUCCUGGGGUCCGGGCUGGCCCUGAAGGUGCAGGAGCAACACCGCCAGAAGCACUUCGAGAAAAGGAGGAAGCCGGCUGCCGAGCUCAUCCAGGCUGCCUGGCGGUAUUACGCUACCAACCCCAACAGGAUCGACUUGGUGGCGACCUGGAGGUUUUACGAGUCAGUGGUGUCUUUUCCGUUCUUCAGGAAGGAACAGCUGGAGGCUGUGGCCAGCCAAAAGCUGGGUCUCUUGGAUCGGGUUCGCCUUUCUAAUCCUCGCGGUAGCAAUACUAAAGGAAAGCUAUUUACUCCUCUGAAUGUAGAUGCGAUAGAAGAAAGCCCUUCUAAAGAGCCAAAGCCUGUGGGCUUAAACCAUAAAGAGCGAUUCCGCACCGCCUUCCGCAUGAAAGCCUACGCUUUCUGGCAGAGCUCCGAAGAUGCAGGGACGGGCGAUCCUAUGGCAGAAGGCAGGGGCUACGGGGGGGACUUCCUCAUUGAAGACAUGAUCCCUACCCUGAAGGCCGCCAUCCGAGCAGUCAGGAUUCUCCAGUUCCGUCUCUAUAAGAAGAAAUUCAAGGAGACGCUGAGGCCGUACGACGUGAAGGAUGUGAUCGAGCAGUACUCGGCCGGCCACCUGGACAUGCUGUCCAGGAUCAAGUACCUGCAGACCAGAAUAGAUAUGAUCUUCACCCCGGGACCACCGUCCACUCCCAAACACAAGAAGUCUCAGAAGGGGGCUGCAUUCACCCACCCGUCCCAGCAGUCUCCCAGGAAUGAACCAUAUGUAGCCAGAGCCUCCACCUCAGAAACGGAGGACCAGAGCAUGAUGGGGAAGUUCGUGAAAGUUGAAAGACAGGUUCAGGACAUGGGGAAGAAGCUGGAUUUCCUGGUGGACAUGCACAUGCAGCGGAUGGAGCGGCUACAGGUGCACCUCUCGGAUUACUACCCCACCAAGGUGCCCUCCUCGCCAGCCGACCUGGACCAAAAAGAGGAGAACAGGUACUCAGACUUGAAAACCAUCAUCUGCAAUUACUCCGAGACAGGCCCCCCAGAGGCCCCCUACAGCUUCCACCAGGUGCCCAUCGACCAAGUCAGCCCCUAUGGGCUUUUUGCACACGACCCGGUGAACCUGCCCCCGGGGGGCCUCGGUUCAGGCAAGGGGCAGACAGCCCUGCCCUGCACGGCCACGAUGUUCCCAGAAAGGCCCACCGUCCUGCCCAUCUUGACCCUCCUGGACUACCAGACGGACCUGCACGGCCCGUUCUCGGACCGCCGCUCCCCGCGGCAGAGACGCAGCAUCACGCGGGACAGCGACACCCCGCUGUCGCUCAUGUCCGUCAACCACGAGGAGCUGGAGCGGUCCCCCAGUGGCUUCAGCAUCUCUCAGGACCGAGACGAUUACGUGUUCGGCCCCAGCGGGGGCUCCAGCUGGAUGCGGGAGAAGCGGUACCUGGCGGAGGGGGAGACGGACACCGAUACGGACCCCUUCACGCCCAGCGGCUCCAUGCCUCUGUCUUCCACAGGGGAUGGAAUCUCCGAUUCGAUCUGGACCCCUUCCAACAAACCCACUUAAGGGGGUCACUGGCUGGCUCCCCCUUGUAAUGUAGACAGACUUUGUAUAGCUCACUGCUCUCACACCCAAAGCUUACCCGUGGGGCCACCAAUGACUGCAUUCAGAUGCAUGCGUGGGCGUGGGGGGGUGCCCAUCCGGGCAGGGGCUUGCCUUGGCCUUGCCCAUCCCCCACACCAUCACAGUGAAGCUGCCUCCUUUCAGCAUGGUUUGCAUGACUUUACACUAUAUAAAUGAUACCGCCAAUCUCUUCUAGGGA